GGCUCGUGCCGCUGCGCCCGGAAGAAGCGCGCACGCCGGGGCCACCGCCACCCGGCGUCUGUCCGGUUGCUCCGGGAGCCGGUCUGUCCGCCCGCCUCCGGCCAUGGGGAGCAUCGAGAGCAGCGAGGCCCGCAGGGUGUCCUUCGGCAUGGACGAGGAGGAGCGCGUCCGGGUGCUGCAGGGCAUCCGGCUGUCGGAGAGUGUGGUCAACCGCAUGAAGGACCCCAAAGCUGGACACCCGGCUCCGUCCGUUCCUCCGCCUGCUGCCGGGGGCACCUCCAAAGGCCGGGAGAAAGGCUCCAGAUCGCCCAAGCCCGAGCCCCGCGCCGGGCAGCAGCCCCCAGGGGUGGAUGAGGAUCUCUUCAAGAGGUAUAAGCAGGAGCAGGCCACGUUCCAGGACGAGCUGACCCAGCUGGCCAAGCAGGAGAGAGAGGCGGGCCGGAAACCGCGGCGCCCGUCCCUGCCGAAGGGCGAGGGCGGCGACCACGAGAAGCCGGCAUCCCUGCCGCUGGCCAAGGAGCUGGAGAACCGGGAGGCUGAACUGAAGCGCCAAGAGGCCUUCUACAAGGAGCAGCUGGAGCUCAUUGAGAAGAAGAAUGCCGAGAUGUAUAAACUGUCUUCAGAGCAGUUCCACGAGGAGGUCUCGAAAGCCGAGAACGCGAUCAAGCCCCGCCAGCAGGGGCCCGUGUGCUCCGACCUGCAGGCCCAGCUGCUCCGCUGCUACCGCCAGCACGCGCAGGAGGUGCUCCUCUGUUCCCGCCUCGUCAAGGCCUACCAGCGCUGCGUCAGCGCCGCCGCCCACAAGGGCUGAGGAGCAGCUGCGGUGUCUGGCACUUGCGGUGACGUGGAGCAUGAAGAAGGGACCAGGUAUGGGACCAGAGUGCCAGGCCGUGGCGCCCAGCCUUGUCCAGUGGGGACCCCCAGCCCUCCCCCCCCACAGCAUCCCCUGUGCUCGAC